AUGUUCCAUGCGGUGACCGGCGUACCGUUCGAGUUCUCACAGGGCGCCUAUGACGGGAUCACGCUCUGGGAGCAGAUUGAUGGAGGCGUUCAAUUCACGGCCACGCGCAAGUAUCUCACAACUGUGCCGAUUGUCCUGUUCCUUCUAAGCACACAUUACACUCACUACGCCCCAUUCGCGUUCUCGAUCACAUUUAUUGCCACGGUCAUUAAUCUGAUUGCAAAACUGCCAGCCAUGCACCAGGUCCGACUUCUGGAUAUCAAUCAAAAGGUCGAUACUGAACUGCAAUAA